CCCGUCCAUCAACAACAAUGAAUGUCAAAAGCAAGUGGAGGUUUGAUCAUCACUUCCUUCUUCCUUCCGCUAUUGAAUCAAACCUCGAAAAAGAAAAAAAUAAAAAAAGAUCACCACAUCUUGCCAUCAAUCCACAAAUGGAUCAGAUUAAGUCGCGUUCGAAUGGAUUAUCCGACCCGUAUAAGCAACCGCCAAUGCUAAGGUUUCGCUCCUUCCAUGAUCGACACUUUUCAGAUGCUCAGCGACAAACUUUUUUCGCGGGUAUUGCCAGUGCACCCAUGGCCUGGUCUAGUCAGAACUCGUACAAUGGAUACGAAUAUAAAUAUGGGGCAGUUCCUACAGCAUAUGACACUAUGACUGACUUCUCGUCCUAUCAAGAGCUCAUUCAUGAGCACGAGAACGUUGAGAAAGAAGAAAAAGAGUCCUUUGACUCACUUGAUGAAGAACAGGUUCAGAAUACAAGUCUUGAUGCUAAGUCAGAUAACAAUGACUUUCAAGCAUCUCCAUUAAGCAAGGAAGCAAUUGAGAUCUUUGAGUUUUCGCGACGGUUUCGGCAAGAAAAGGCCGCAGCCGCUCUGUUAGAGCAAGAGCGACUGAAAAAACGUAGAAAAAAACGAAGAAAACUCACCAAGCUUGGAUUUGCAAUUGAUGAGGGUGACAGUGGGGCGGAAUCAGAUAUCAACAUUAACAAUACAAGUGAUCAUGGCCCAGCCGAAUUAGAGCAGCAAGGUGGCGGUAAUUCCAAAGAAGUCGAUGAUUCUGAUGAUGACAGCGAUAGCAACGACUCUGAUGAUGGGCACGAUAGUGUCUAUGAGGAGCCAUCGCCUAUGGAUAAUUCUUUUAUAAACUCGAAAAGCCAUCGGACUGAAAAGCUCCGUGAACGUCUUUAUGGACAAUGUCCGGAAAUAUGGACAAUUGAAAUGCUUGAGCGAUUGGUCAAUCGGUCGUACAUAGAUAGUCUUGGGCCACAGAUAUCCCCCAUUGCUACUGGUACAUCAAGAGAGAUCAAGAGACAGCGAUCAAAGAGCGACAACAGUCAACCAAUAGAUCGACAGAAACAAGUUGUUUACUGGCCUAGCAUGCCUUUGCGAUGCUGAUUGUAACCGAAAUAUUUCGAUAUGCCAAUGUUGGAAUUGAUUGUAAAACAAAAGAAGGAUACAACAGACGAAACAUUUUUGCAUCUCUGAACUUCAUUCUAUGGGGCUGAUUAGUAGGACCUACCAGAAUGGACCUGCACAAGGUGGUUCUGCGU